GGGGACCAACCGUGAACAUUGUACACGUACAUUGUGAGGAAUCUAUUUGACGUCAUGCCGGAGCUGGAUUUAACAAACCGCGAUCCUAACAAUAUCAACAAUCACCUUCAGGUUUCUUUCGAGGAUGUUCUCGCAGAACCGGCUGGCGCACACUCGAUUGACUGCGUAUGGAAGCUCGCAUACACGUGCUUCUCAAUGUGGCUUGGAAUCUGUUACAAGCUGUCCACGCUGCUGUGUGGUAUCUGCAUCGCCGCCGAGUGGGGCUGCGAGUUCGCCGAAGUCGCCUUCUACCAUGUCUGGUUCAUCACCCCGAUGCUGAAGAUGUGCGAGAUGAACUGCGCCGUGUGCACGAAAAUAAUGCGCACUUGUGCAUCGUGCUGCAUCGAACCGUGCUGCGAGGCGUGUGGAUCCUUGUUCCACAAGUUCAAGAAAUAG